CGCACAGCCACAUGGGAGCAUGACGAAAUCAAGACGGUGCAAGGUCCAGAGGAAGAUCGUAAUAAUUCUACUGUAUUGAAUUAACGAAACGAAUUACAAGGUGCAGCACUCAUUGAUGUACAAUAAUUUCAUAUGAUUUGCGCAAAUUUAAUUUCUGUAAACUUUGUUAUGCAAGGAAAGUCAACUCUGACGGAGCAAACCGAUCAUAUGGCACAUCAUCACAAUACGUUCCAAAAUUCAGCUCUUACCAGGGACUCAAACACUCAUCUAGCCCAUUGCUUAUAAUCUGUGAAUUGAGUAGCACCAAUAUGCAGCAAUGCUGCCAAAGAAUCAGACUCUGCUGCAAGGAUCGACUUCCAGAUCCAACAUUCAUAUGCUCGAAGAAAGAUGAAACCUGGUGGAAGAAAUUUACAUUAACGUUUAAAUUACGUAAAUUACAACGUAAAUUACAAGAACGUUUAAAUAAGUAAAUUAAAAUAUUAAAUAUAUAUUUAAAAAAUUUAAAAAUAGACAAUUCCAAUAACAAUGGUAGCUAUAAAUUAUUUACAAUAAACAUCUACAUUACUAAUUUCCAAUUACUACAGAAAUUGAAAGAAAACUAAGCAGUCUGCAGCUGUGGGAGAGGUGUUUAUGGUUUUUCUGGACACCCAGGGCUCAAUAAAAAUACAAAACCAUCUGUAUUACUAAUUUCCAACGUGUGCAGAAAUUGAAAGAAAACUAUGCCUACGCAGCCUCUGGCCUCGUGAGAGGUAUGGUUCAUUACCUAGAACUUUUGGGAAAAAUCCUAACUCUCAGAUUGUGAAGGGCUGUUGCCGAAUUAGUUUUCCAGAGGAAAUUACUUGAUGACAACAUUGAAUGCCCACUAGAACAGUUAAACUUUAGCGUAUUGGCAUUCUGGUUGAGAUCAUAUGACCUAUUUGUGUGUCAUC